GCCAGUGCUGCUCCCACCUCCCCUCCCUCCUGCCGCCGCCGCCGCCGCCGCUCCUCGAAGCCUCUCGACGCUCCCGCCGCCCCGGGCCCAGACAUGGCUGACCAGCUUACUGAAGAGCAGAUUGCAGAAUUCAAGGAGGCCUUCUCCCUCUUUGACAAGGAUGGAGAUGGCACCAUCACCACCAAGGAGCUUGGCACUGUGAUGAGGUCUCUGGGGCAGAACCCCACCGAGGCAGAACUGCAAGAUAUGAUCAACGAGGUGGAUGCGGACGGGAAUGGCACUAUUGACUUCCCAGAGUUCUUGACCAUGAUGGCGAGGAAGAUGAAGGACACAGACAGCGAGGAGGAGAUCCGGGAGGCUUUCAGGGUGUUUGAUAAGGAUGGGAAUGGCUACAUUAGUGCAGCUGAGUUGCGCCAUGUGAUGACAAACCUAGGGGAGAAGCUCACUGAUGAGGAAGUGGACGAAAUGAUAAGGGAGGCAGAUAUCGAUGGGGACGGGCAAGUCAACUAUGAAGAGUUUGUGCAGAUGAUGACCGCAAAGUGAAGCCUGCAGAGUGGGUGGCUGGCAAUGCCCAUUUUCCUUCGAUACUUUUCUCCAACACACUCUCUCUACUUAAGUAACCUGGUUCUCUAAACAAACAAUCGGCUGUGGAAUAAAUCUGACCAAGCAAUUAAAAACACACACAGAAAAAACCUUCCCAAGCUGCAUGAUUGCACUCAUCUCUCCCUCCUCUUCUUGCUCUUUUCCCCUUUCCUUCCUUCCUUCCUGGUGCAUCCCUUAAAAUCCCCGAGAACACCCAACCUUGUGGAUGUCUUUGUUUCCAUCGGGUAUUCUGUUCUGCAGUCAGGGCUGGCCCAUCUCCCAGGGCGCAGAUUCUUUCUCUUUCUUUCAAGAAUCCACAUGAUGGGGUGGAGAGAGCGCAAAACCUUCUUAAUCGUGUUGCAUGUGUCUGGCACUGUGGCCGUGCGCGUUGACAUGGCGGUCGCCACUGAAGGUCUUGCCCCAAGGAACACCAGGGGUACAAGGAAGAAAUUGUGUUUUCGGUUUUUUUUUUCCUCUCCCUCUUAAGUUUUCUUGGGAGGGGUGGGAGGGGGGAGCUAUCCCGCCAUCUGGGUGUGCGUGUGUGGCUGAAGGUGGGUUCCAGAGAGCUCCAUCAGCGUGAUCUGGGGAAGAGGCUGAUCGAGGGGAGGGAGGGAGGGAGGGAGGGGGGAGCGUCCAACACUGUACAAUUGGCUCUUUGACAAAACAAAACCCGACUCAACCACCCACAAUUUCAACUCCUGUCUCUGUUCUUAACCCUGUAUAAAUUGUAAAUGUCCUUACAGUUUCCUAAGCAUUGUGUCCAGACAUCAGAGCUGCUAUGUAAAUAUCUGAUGCUACCAGCCCCUUGGGGGUGUGCCCCGUGCGUGGCAAUGGCGGAUGCUUUUGAUUGGCAGCUUGAGGGGGGGGGGGAAUGACGUAGGAGGGGAGGCAUUGGAACGGAACCGCAAUAAAACCGUGAAGCCGCUGCUGAGUGGAUGCCAACUGCGCCAGCAUGCCCGUUUCUCCCUCCCCUCCCCCUCUACCUUGUGCAAUGCUUCUUUUUUUUCCGUAGUGGCUCUCGAUUUAACGCUCGUGCCGCACUUCGGCUUCGAUGUCUGUGCUCUUUAAUGUUGCUUCCUUACUUCGCCUGCCCCCCCCCCCUCCCCUUUCCUUGCGGCAAACAGCAUGAGCUGCAGACUUGCUUCUCUUUUUCACUUUUAUUUUUUAAUCAAUUAAAACAAGUUUUGGAUGGGGAAAUUGAAGCAGACGGCAGAAUUUCCCUGAAACCGGGUGAAAGAAGAGGGCUUUGUGUAGUCCGUGGCGGAUUUGACCCCCCCCUCCCACAUUUCCUGUCUUCUGCACCUCCACGUGAGCAGCGGUGGGGGGAUCUCCCCCGAGAGCUUGGGAGGUGGGGGGGCGCGGGGAAGGUUGGAGUAAGAACGUCUUUGAAAGCAGGUGGUGUUGUGUUCAGUUCAAGCUGUGAAAAUAAAAUUAUAUCAAUGUUUUCCAAUAAAAUGCAGUGACUACCUGAA